CAGUCUCAUUGCAGCGGAGCGGGACCAGGAAGGAAGGCGGAUUGAGCAGCGCAGUGAAGUAGAAGCCAAGAUGGGGGGUUUUACCAGCAUGUUCAAAGGCUUGUUCGGCAAGAAGGAAAUGAGGAUCCUGAUGGUGGGACUGGAUGCUGCUGGCAAGACCACCAUCCUGUACAAGCUCAAACUGGGAGAAGUUGUGACCACGAUCCCCACCAUCGGUUUUAAUGUGGAGACGGUGUCGUACAAGAACAUCAGUUUCACCGUGUGGGACGUCGGCGGUCAGGACAAGAUCCGGCCGCUGUGGAGGCAUUACUUCCAGAACACCGACGGCAUCAUCUUCGUGGUGGACAGCAACGACCGGGAGCGCGUCGGAGAGGCGAAGGACGAGCUGAUGCGAAUGCUGGCGGAGGACGAGCUGGACGGCGCGGUGCUGCUCGUGUUUGCCAACAAACAGGACCUUCCCAACGCCAUGAACGCAGCCGAGGUCACAGAGCAGCUGGGUCUGCAAACCCUGCGCAGCCGCUCCUGGUACAUCCAGGCCACGUGCGCCACGGGUGGCAACGGCCUCUACGAGGGCCUCGACUGGCUCUCCACCCAUCUCAAGAAAGGCAAAUGAUCCGGCCCUGUCAUUUGCGGAUGAUGACAUCAUCCCGGCCCGUCACCGCCGUCCGCAGCGUGACAGUAGACUGCACUGAUCCUGGUCUCCUUCUCUCCUUUCCUCUCUUUCCUCUCUGAAGCCUUUCACCUUUUUUGGCCAGUGCUCCCCGGCGUCAGCGUCCUGUGGGAGUGUGUGCUUUUGGACGGGUGGACGUGAGAGAGGGAGCAGCCGAUGUUGCGGUAACUUUCACGCACCUUAUUCCAGAGCCGCCGGUCUCCACAAAGGAAGGAGCGACCCGGGAGGUCGAGUCCCGUUUCACUCGGGUUUUACGUCUGCUCGUCACGCCCCAGAUUCUUUUGAAAAUUCCGCUUUUUGGGGCAUUUAAGUUACGACCGUUGCAGUGAACUCUAGAUGCUUUAUACUCUAUAUUUUACCCCAUUCCAUAAAAAAAAUUCUCCAGCUUUUAAAUACCCCCCCCCCCCCUGAAAGUCAUCCCUCUUUUAUAACUGUAUACUUUUUUUUUUCCUUCCUCGUGUGGCCUUGUGUUUUAUACAAAGUUCCACCCCGAAAGGCAACAAACGAGUGUAUGUUUACAUGUGUGGAGGCGCGUCCUCGCGGUGCUCUGCGGGUUUCAGCUUCAUCCAAACGGAGUUUUUCUGAUGUACUGGUCGUCUUGUUUUCUAGUGUCUGUAGUUCUUUGAUUCUGAUUUAUUAAAGUUUUUUUUUUUUUUUAAAUGUUACUGCUGACGCGCACUGGUUUACUUUCGGGUGUGCAGUCCUUUUGAGGCGCUGUGAUCGAUGGAGCAGUCGAGGCGGCGAAGUGUUCGCUCCGUACGAUCCGAGGUGUUUUUACCCCCGCAUGCGGCGAGGCGAGGGCGCGUCCCCCGCUCUUAUUUAUAUUAUGUAACUUUAUUUUGCGCAACAACGGGCCGAUGGGAAGACGGCGGCUAAUCCAUCAGCCAUUGCAGCGACUCCUGUGGACAACAACUCCUCCCAUAGUUCGACUAAUACAUUUAUUAUAAAUGUCUUGACAGAUAAUCCUUUUAAAUUAAUUUAUAGUUAGUUAUAAGUAAAACAAUUCUAAUAAUAAAAGAAAGAAACGUGACAUUGGGGGUCAAUGCAUUUUUAAUUUAGGAAAAUACUUUUGUCACUGUGCAGAUACACCAAAACUUGGAUUAUCAUAAUUUAAAGAGUGAAAUUCUAUAUAUAUUUUAUUUUGCUAAACUGUCAGCAUGUUAAAAUUUGAGUUUAGGUUCAAUCCGUCAUCCUUUCUUUUCUUAAUGUUGUCGACAUCAAAAAUGGGAGUUUCCUUCUCAGUAAAUCUGGUAAAACAACCCACACCUGUCCUCAUCUGAUGUUUCCAAUAAGAUCUCUGUCUUUGUUAUAUCGAUUAAUCCACCGUCACAUUGCAAUUGUUCAUGAGAACGUUUGUUUUGAAGUGAGAAGAUGAUCUGGCAGCACCUGUAGCUUCAAAAGUUGAGUAUUUACAUUUCGUCAUCCCCUCAGUCUUCAUUUCAUUCUUCUAGUUUCCUCUGGUGAACUCACUGUGAUCAUUAGUUUCUCUGAGGUUAAUUCCAGCAGUAACAUCAGUCAUUCUGCUUCGCCCGUGCAAAACCAAAGGGAAGAUGUUCUAAGUAUGUCAAACAAUUAAAGAUUCACAAAGGA